AUGGCUGAAAGCUCAAGAAUAAAUGCUGGAAACGUGGUGUGCCCUUUUUAUUAUUAUUCUACUUGUCGAGAUGGAAUGAGUUGUAAAUAUAUACUCGAUGCCACGUGUGAUAAUAUCGGAAAUAUUGCCUGUGAAUACUUUUUGAAAGGCAUCUGUAAAAAUGGUGAUGAAUGCUUGUUUAAUCAUACAAUAAUUACAGAGGAUGUUACAUCGAAAAAUGAGCAAACUUCUGAACCAUCAGCUAAACUGGAUAUGGAAUUGUGUCCGCAUUUCUUUGACGGUGUGUGUCCAUACGACGAAUGUCCAUGCCUUCAUGGAGAAAUCUGUGAACUGUGUCGCAAGUAUUGUUUGAAUCCGUUCGAUGAGAAGCAACGGAGUCUUCAUAUCGAAGUCUGUGGACAUGAGCAAAGCAAAAAUCUUCGUGAUUUUGAUAAAACAUGUGGUAUAUGUUUAGAUGUUGUAAUAGAUAAAAAUCCAGUUGCAGAGCGUCGCUUUGGUAUUAGAAUUGCAAUCACCUGUUUUGCUUAUCCUGUAUCAUAA